CAGGUACUUAGCUCAGUGGAAGUUUUAGCUCCUUGUCAUGUCGACAACAUAAACAUGCCACCAACAGCAGAAACAAGAUGGGAAUAGUGAGUAAAGUUGGUACAUGAAUUCUUAUCUUACACCUUUUUAUAGAAAUGCACAAAAUAACAGAAAGCGUAUUAUUGUUUAUGGCAUUAUCUUAUCAAGGUUUCUUAUUACUAGUACAUGCAAGGACAGAAAUGGUAGGACGAGUGGGAGAAACGGUUAUCUUACGAUGUCAGACCUUCGGGAAUCAAAGUCAAUGGAUACGGGAUGAUAUUGUUUACGGUGAUCGAAGGAAUAUUAAUAUCAAUUUACCUAACAAAGACAAGUUAAAGAUAGUGGGGAACAUACAAAGGGGAGAAUACAAUUUGCAGAUAGAGAAUGUUUCAAGAGCAGACGCUGGAGUAUACAGGUGUAUCAAAACUAUAGAUAGACAAGUUAAUACUACUGAAGUCCUUUUGAAUAUCGUUGAUAGCAUGGAUGGUAUAACAGACAAUAGUACAGUUUAUAUUGUCACAGAAACAACAUUAGCCGAAACCCAUAUUGAUGCAGAUAUAACACUUGGAACGAUUUUGUCAUAUGUGACUUCGAUAAGUGUAAUUAUUUUGGUGAUUUUCAUUGCAACAGUAAUACAUCUUUGUGUUACAAGAAGGUUUCAUACGGGAAAAUAUUGUCUUAAGAUGUCAAACAAUUACAACGACGAAAAUAACGACGACCGAAUAGAUGCUUAUGAACUUAUUGAUAAAAAUGUUUCAAUCAAUACAAACCGAGACGUGGAAAACAGAAGCGAAAAGACAAUAAAUAGCACCACUAUUGACACUACAAUGAUCAGUGACAAUACCAAAGUCAAAGAAAUUUUAGAAAUGACAACAGACAAUGUAAUGCUACCAGUUAGAAGUGUUAAUGUCAAUCAGGAUGGUACCGGGAAUUCUUACCUACUGUUACAGGAUAACAGGCAGUCGGAACCAAAUCAUUAUAGUAUGUGUACAUAAUCUACAUAAACUCUUACAUGUAAGUUUUAUGUACUUAAAUGUUUUCAUUAUUGUUAUAUUAUAUUUAUUUCUUCCUUUUAUUUUAUUAAAAUGCGAAAUGUA